CAUAAACCCUAAAAGCCCUAAAAUCUUAAUAUAUAAACCAACUCACAGAGACUCUAAAAUCAGCCACCACCGCACAUCUCUCUCCUUUGCCCUCGUUUUUUUUCGGUUCUCGUCUUUCGUUCUUCACUUUUAGACAAGCAAAUAUGAGACCCCCAGUUACAGGAGGACGUGGUGGUGGAGGAUUCAGAGGUGGAAGAGAUGGUGGUGGAAGAGGUUUUGGAGGUGGAAGAAGCUUUGGAGGAGGCCGUAGUGGUGACAGAGGCCGUAGUGGGCCUCGCGGCAGAGGACGUGGUGCGCCUCGUGGUCGUGGAGGACCACCUCGUGGAGGAAUGAAAGGAGGAAGCAAAGUGAUUGUUGAGCCUCACAGACAUGCGGGAGUGUUUAUUGCUAAGGGUAAAGAAGAUGCUCUUGUCACUAAGAAUUUGGUUCCUGGUGAAGCUGUUUACAAUGAGAAGAGAAUCUCUGUUCAGAAUGAAGAUGGAACUAAGGUUGAAUACAGAGUUUGGAAUCCGUUUAGAUCUAAGUUAGCUGCUGCAAUUCUUGGUGGUGUCGACAACAUUUGGAUCAAACCUGGUGCCAAAGUUCUUUACUUGGGUGCUGCUUCUGGGACCACUGUCUCUCAUGUUUCUGACCUCGUUGGCCCUGAGGGAUGUGUUUAUGCUGUUGAGUUUUCUCAUAGAAGUGGUAGAGAUUUGGUGAACAUGGCCAAGAAGAGAACUAACGUUAUUCCAAUCAUUGAAGAUGCUAGACAUCCGGCUAAGUACAGAAUGCUCGUGGGCAUGGUUGAUGUCAUAUUCUCUGAUGUUGCUCAGCCAGAUCAGGCAAGAAUCUUGGCCCUGAAUGCCUCAUUUUUCCUCAAAACUGGUGGACACUUUGUUAUCUCAAUCAAGGCCAACUGUAUCGACUCUACAGUUGCAGCAGAAGCAGUCUUCCAGAGCGAGGUGAAGAAGCUGCAACAAGAGCAGUUUAAGCCAGCAGAACAGGUGACUCUCGAGCCGUUUGAGCGUGACCAUGCCUGUGUUGUUGGUGGUUACCGCAUGCCGAAGAAACAAAAGACCCCAGCCUCAUAGAGGAACUGUGGACAGUAGUGCCUGUGUAUUAAGACUUAUUUACUGGGUUUUGUUUUUAUCUCCUUGCUUGUUGUAUUAAGCUAGAGAUGGAUAAUGCUUUUAUGUCUCAUUUGGAAAAUUUUAUCCUCGUUUUAGAACUAAUAUAUAUUGAUGCAACAUUUUCGUCCAAUGAUUGUAUCUCCAUCAGUCUUUUCUAUGCUUGUUUUUGCUUGGCUAUAAGAACUACUGUCCAUUUUAAUCCUACUUGUUUCUGCAUGCUGAAUUGAUUGUUGAAGUAGUUUGUUUUGAACAUGAUUAUGCUCAAGAAAAG